CACUCGGUUUGAUUUAAUAAAACACGUAAUCGUAUUAUUUAGUUAUAUUUCUUUAAUCAAUACAUGUGUAUCUUUAAUAAUCAAUAAAAUAAACGAUUUAUUAGAAUCUAAUUUGAACCUUGGUAGAAAAUUGAACAAGUCCAUUUUAACGAUUAUUGAUUUUUCUUCAAAAGUGUUUUCAGACUAAAUGGCAAAACAAAUAGCGGAUGUACAAAUUCAUGCUUCGGAAAACGAUAAUGUUGACGACGAUAACUUAGACGUUAGUGUGGAUCUCAUUGAUGAUGGACUUUAUUUAGGUAAUCUUGCGUGUGCUAGAGAUUAUAAAACAUUAGAGCAUCUAAAAGUGUCACACAUCCUCACUGUAGACCUAGUACCGCUACCGAGAUCUAUACUGGAGAGGAGCCAACUCACCUUUAAAUUUAUGAAAUUAGCUGAUGUCCCCAAGGAGGAUCUCAUCAGUCACCUACCAGAGAGCAAUGAUUUUAUCAAGGAAGCAAUUACAAAUGGGGGAACGGUGCUCGUUCAUUGUUACUUUGGUGUUUCCCGCUCUGCAGCUGUAGUUAUAGCAUAUGUGAUGGAGAAGUAUAGUCUUUGCUAUGAAGAUGCGUUCCUGCUUGUAAAGACCAAGAGAAGGUUCAUUGGCCCUAAUGUUGGCUUUGUUGCCCAACUCAAACUGUUUGGACACAUGGGCUAUCGAAUAAACAAGGAUGACCCAAGGUUCAAACAAUUUAGAUUGAAAAUGGCAGGACAGAAGUUAAAGCAAGUGAAAAUAUUACCCCAACUGUUUGCCGAUUUAGUUAAAACAGACCCUGGGUUGAUCCGCGAACGACCUGACCCAAUAGUGUACCGUUGCAAGAAGUGUCGCAGGAUAGUGGCAAACCAGAGCAACAUCAUACCUCAUCUACCGAAGCAUAUAAAGGUGGAACUGGCCAAGAAAAACAUUCGUCCACCACCGAGUAAGCAGACCGCUCUGAAUUGUGUUGAAAAUGGUCAGCUGUUGAUAGAGAAAUUGAAAAGCCUCGCUUGUCAGAUAAUGGACAGUGAGAUUGAGGUUGAUGAUUCCAGUGAUGAAACUACCCCGGGUAAGAGUGAUAACAGCUUCCUGGAUAGCGAUGAAGGACCUAGUCAGGUUCUUGAUGGUUACAAUGAAAAUAAUAUGGUCGAUGCAAACAUAGCGGCUCGUGCGGACGGCCCUGAGAUCUGCCGCCUCAUGUGGUUCGUGGAGCCGAUGACCUGGAUGAAGGACGUGCAGAACUCUCCACAGGGGAAGCUGCAUUGCCCAAAAUGUGCCAACAAGAUCGGUAGCUUCAGCUGGGUCAUGGGUUGCAAGUGUCCCUGCGGUCAGAAAGUAGCUCCUGCAUUUUACUUGGUGCCUUCGAAGGUGGAGUGGUCGAAUAUCGUGCAAAAUGUGCAAAUAACUGUUUAAACUGUAUGUGGCCCUGCUUUAUAAAGGCCAUUAUAAAUCCCAAUGCCCCGCUCCGCUCCCUUGCUUUUAUUCUAAUAUUGCAAACUCCAAAAAUAUUCUAUUGAUGUAGUCCAAGUAAAGUUUGGUAUGUAAAACACUGUAAAUAAUAUCAGGUUACUUUUGGGUCUAUCAAUAUAUAAAUCUAUAUGUAUAGGAUUUCUUGCAUAUAAAUCAUUCUACUAAUGUAUAUUUAUUACAUAAAUAUUGUCAAAAUCCAGGGUCUAGCUCUUAAUUCAACAUACCGUACCUUACCGGGUAGUAUAGUGCGUGGUGUAGUUUGUGUAAGGAUUAAUAUCCUAUUGCAUCUGGAUUCGAGUAACGCUAGUGUUCCAUGUUCCGCCGUCCUGCUAUGCAGAUAUUGCGAUAGUGAGGUUUUGUUAUUAAUUUGGUGAACUAAAUGGUAUUAGAUUUUGAUCUAUUUUCGAUUAUCGCUUAAUAUGACAAAUCAAUGGCUUUUUGAACGGAAAAUGGUUAUAGCGUUAAAUUAUGCACUAAGACCGAACGUUGGUCGUACAGAAAAUAGUUGAGUGCCAACGUUGAUGUUGCAGAUUACAAGUGCCCUACGGCUUUGUGCAAGUUCGUCUGGGUAGGUACCACCUACUCAUCAGAUAUUCUACCGCAAAACAGCUAUACUUGGUAUUGGUUGUGUUCCGGUUUGAAGGGUUAGUGAGCCAGUGUAAUUACAGGCACAAGGGGCAUAACAUAUUAAUCCCAAGUUUGUUGGCGCAUGGGUGAUGUAAGCGAUGGUUAACAUUUCUUACAUUGUCAAUGUCUAUGGGCGUUGGUGAUCACUUACCAUCGGGUGGCCCAUAUGCUCGUCCGCCUACCUAUACUAUAAAAAGAGAUUACACAAUUUCGUAAGUACUCGAUGCGCGAACGUCUCGAAACGCCUACAUCAAGGCGGUCAACUUAGAUAGCGCACAUUGUACCUUCAUUGUGUGCUAAUCACAUACUACUUAAUUUAGAAAUAGCUUUUGAGUAUAUAUACAGGCUUAGGUUGAUGGAGUUUCCUCGUCUUUAAAACACCCUAGUUGUAACAAGGAACACAGACGCCGGCAGGGUGUUUUAUAUCGUGAUAGAAACGUAGAUGGAAAACGCAUGUAAAUGCAAGCCGCAGGUUUAUGACAACUCUGGAUGCGGAAAUUAUGCCGCAGUUAGACCCUUACUUUAAUAUUAACGAAGAUGGAGCAGUAGCAUAACAUUUAUACCAGAGAAUCCUAGCGUAGUGUGUAUCAAAAAAGUUUUCAUAUUUCGUAGGAAUCUGUACUUUAAUCUUCCAAUAAAUAUACAUUUUUAGUACAAUAAGACUGUCUUCGUUAUUUCGUUAUUGAAAAAUGUAUUAUUAAUAGAUGUAGAUUGUUGGUGCUUCCCUGUGUAAUGUUAAAUAUAAUUUUAUCGAU